AUGAAUCCGAGCGAGAUGUCGAUGAAGACCGAGGCCGUUGGAAUGGGAAUGUGGUCAGCGCCGACCCCUCAAAGUGUCUCGAGACCUCGACCGGCUACGAUACACGAGACGGGCUUCUCGUAUUGCAUGCCGGAAGAGUACCCAUCAUUGCCAGCCUGGGAUUCGUCAACCAUGCCGAUGCAACCGCUGAACGAUGGCCUUCCUCAAACGUAUGCAGUACAACAAGAUUUUUAUCCUUCAACAUCAAAUGGAGAAAGUAAGUACUCUUGGAAUCAGAGCACAGGACCUCAGGGAGCUCUUGGUCUGACUAUCUCAGAUGGCUGGCACACCAAGACGUGCGAUGAUGGAAUCGAUCUGCACGGUCUGGACACAGAUAUGAAUAUGGGUCAUGCGUACAAUGCCGACGAGACUGCUCCUAUUCUUGACUUGAGGUAUCCUGGGCCUGGAAUGGACAGCGAUCGCCUUAGUCUCGAACAGUCCUAUAGCUCUCGGCGCAUGUCUGGCUCUUCGUUCACCAUGUCAACCACUGGAGCGCUGUCAGAAAUGCCGUCUUAUGAGGACUUCUCAGCGACCCUAUCCGAAGCGCCAUCUUUCAGUUCGGAUUAUCCACCACCCUCGAACCGAAAUUCACUGAUGUCCUCCACGCAAUUGUCGCCUGUGGCAUCACCAAGAAUGACCCCUCAAAACCGCACCGAGCUUGUACGAACGCAAAGCCGGGGUCGAGCCUCUCCUUCACCAAGGCCAAGCAUGCGCUCAGCGCCGUAUACAAUGGACAGCACUCGCAGCAAGAGAUGGUCAACAGGGUCGUAUGCGCCUCUGCCAAAUCGGCGCCCUUCGCCCUUUGUCUAUCAUCAAGGACAUGAGGUCUUCACGCCUCACCCCCCACGAAUGUCAUCUCGACAUUCUUCCCCAACUUUACCAAACACUCAGCUUCCCCUGAACCUGAGUAAUCUACAAACAGAACAACAGCAUCCUUUCCUUAUGUCAAACAACGCCGGCUUUCACCGCAACAGCAUGCUUCUUCCCUCACACAACUACCACGAACCACAUCAGUUCGAGACACCACCACCACUCCUUUCACAUGGACUUUUCCGCAUGUUACAAAGCAAUGCCGACCCUCACUCGUUGCACUCGCAUUACACUGAUCUGAGUGAUCCGCCCGAUCUCUAUGCAUCCCUCCACGAGGAGCAAGUGUCACCUCCCCCGGAAGACAUGAACCCGAGCGAUCCGGAUCUGGUACCACACGAGCAGGAACUUCGCUUUGACGGUGACCUCUACACGCCCCGUUGGGUCCGGGGUCACGGCAAUAAGCGCGAAGGGUGGUGUGGGAUUUGCAAGCCUGGGCGGUGGCUUGUAUUGAAGAACAGCGCUUUCUGGUACGAUAAAAGUUUCACCCAUGGUAUCAGUGCUGCAACUGGCAGCCCAUUUCAAGAGCCUCAGGAAACUCGACGCAUGGAUGGCAACCCCGAUGUGUGGGAAGGUCUGUGCGGGAGCUGUAACGAGUGGGUUGCUCUCGUGAGCAGCAAGAAGAAGGGAACCACAUGGUUCAGACACGCUUACAAAUGCCAUACCCACCCAAAAAUCAAAGACGCGCCAAAACGGCGUCGGGAGAGCAGUCAUACUCGAGCUUUAGGUGCAUCCACCAUGGCAAAGCCCAAGAUCGAAACACCAAUAACGCCGCAAAUGACUCCAAGCAAUUCGGUGACUAAUACGCCUACGCCUGGAUCUUUGCAGCAACAACAGCAACAGCUUCAGCAACACCGGAACACGAUCAGUCCUUUGGAGGGUCUAUCAACCAUGAUUUGA